AAGAGCUGUGUUGCAAAGCCUUUAUAGAAUUGCUUAUGCCGUGAAAACUGUCAAAGACACUGGUCUUAAACCGGAUGCUUUUAGCUUUAUACAUUUGCUUCGAGUGGUGAUUCAAUUGACUGAGUCGAAGUUGAAGAAGAAACUGGAAGUGUUUAAGAGCUUGGGAUGGAGUGAUGAGUAGCUCUUGAAUACUAUUAAGAAUUAUCCUAUUUGCUUGUCUUAUUCAGAGGUGAAUCUGAGGACUAAAAUGGAAUUUUAUUUGAAUACCAUGAAGUUCGAAAGAGAGGCUGUAAUUGCCACGCCCGUGUUAAUGAUGUUAUCUCUUGAUAACAGGAUUCGUCCAAGAUAUGAAGUUAUGAAUAUUUUGGGUUCAAAGAAGUUGGUUAAAGAUGGCCUGAAGAUGAUAUGGGUGAUGGAAAUAAGUGAAGAGCGAUUCUUGAAGAUUUAUGUUACAAAGCAUGUUGACAAAGUACCAGGUUUGUUGGAUAUGUAUUGCAGCAUCAUCAACCAAAGAAAGAAAACAGACAGGGCAAAACAGCUGGCUAGUUGAUUACAGAAGGGUCUUCCCCUGUUUUAAUUGACUGCUGCUACUGUUGAUGGUUGCAUCAAAGUAGAACUUAAACUAGGCUUUAAUUUUAUUUCUAUCCCAUGUAAAGUUGCUCAUGAUGCAACUUCCAAAAGGUUGGUGAACUGUUGACUUCAAGAAACCAGGGAUGGCUGCAGAAAAAGUUAUCAAGGAGUGUGAGGCAGAACUUCUCCAUGCUGCUCACAACCUCCAUUUUCUCUUUGGUUCAUUACACUUUUGCCAGACCGCUUUCAAAGUGAAGAAAUGUCUUCAGCCUUGGCUAAGGUGGGUGGAGAGAACUGACCGACUUUAACCCAAGGUCUGUUCUUGGAAGAUUCCAAUUUGUUAAAACCAUACGUUUUUGAAUUUUGAUGUGUAGUUUACCCUAUUGAGGUUUCUUCUUUUGACAUCUUGAACAUUGUUUUCACAUUGAAGUUAUAGAGCUAAAUUGUCAAUUGAUUUGCAUUGUCUUUUACUUUAUGUUGAGUUAUCUAUUCCAUCUUUAGAAACAAUGACAUUAUGUCAUGAGAUAAACUGCGUCUUGAUUAUUGACCAAGCAAUAAUCAAGACAGGUUCCACCAAGAAAAGUUUCAGGAGCUUGAAAGUGCAAUUCAGAACAACACU